GCGAUGGGGUCUAAGAGCGGUGGGGGGACCGAUGAGGGGAACCCUUGAGGCGGUGAACUUCAAGGGCGAGCGCAUUAACUUGCGUCUCCAGGGGUGCAAGUGCAUCGAGUCGCGCUUGCAGAGGUGCAAGGAGGGAAGCAAGAACAGCGCGAAGGUCCGUGGGGUCCACACCAUGCUGACCCUAGACCGUGGAGUGGGUGGACGCCUGAGAGCGUCUGCAGGCACCAGCAGCCACGGCGUGCGCAGGAAGGAACCACUGCUCACUCGAUCACAGACCAAGGCCAUGGACCGGAAGGCGGGAGAAUCCCUCCAGGACAAUGAGGAACGCCUGGGGGCAUUCAUCCAGGAGGCCAACGAUAGGGCCGCCGCCGCGGCCAAGGAACGUAGUCAGAUUGAGCAAGAAGAGGAGGCCAAGCGACGAAAGGAGGAACAGGACCGACUUUGUCAAGAGGAGGCAGACCUGCAGGCAGCAGCUGAACACCGGUCACGCCAGCGGGAACGACUAUUCACGCGGGAGACCGUGAUCGGCGAUGAGGCCACACAUUGGGUGCAAGUGGCAUCUACAGACGAGGCCCCGGAGACUGAGAAAGGGUUGUCAUCCCUUGCGCAGGUCUCCCACCACCUUGUGGCCACCUGCGCUCUGCAGCAGGAGGGAAUCCUUCACCUGCAGCAGACAGUGGACCACAUGCUCGCACGGCGGCAGGCGUUGGAAAAACAGCCAGCUGCUGUAGCAGCCGCAGGGCCUUCAAACCUUGCCACCCGUGUUCAAGUUUUGGAGGACGACGUCAGCAAUAUCAAGCGUGUGCAUCACGACUUCAGGACGUCGCAGCAAGCAACGAACUUGCAGUUAGAGACGCAGGUCCAGGCUGCUGCCACCGUGACGCCCGCCGCCGCAUCCUCCAGGCGCCCACCCAAGGUAGAUGACAUUCCGGUUUUCCAAGACGGAACCGAUCCCAUGGUGGCGCCAGUUUACUCUACGGCUCGACAUGCGCCAUGUCCCGAACAACGAUCGACAUCCGUGCUUGUACCACCGAUCUGGUGGGUGGCCCGCGAGUUUGUCUCGCAACGGUACGAAGAAAACAACUCACCGUUGCUCUACGUUCGCAUUCAGAUUGGGCAAGCGGCCUGCAACACUUUGCUAGAUUACGGCGCAACUCGCAACUUCAUCAGCCAGUCCUUCAUGACUCGGGCUGGCCUUGGCGCACAAGUACGGAGGAAGUCACAUCCGAUGACGGUCGCUCUUGCCGACGGUGAGACGAAACAACUUUUAGAACGUUACAUCUCGGCUGUCCCGGUGUACUUUGCACCGCACGCAUGUGAACCCGUCACUUUUGACGUGUUGGACACCGACUUCGAUGUCAUUUUGGGGAUGCCUUGGCUUUCUAGCGUGGACCACACGGUCAAUUUUCAUCGACGCACGCUCGCGAUUCGUGAUGCAACUGGCGCCGAGGUCCCAUGUACUAUUCCUCCUCCUCGCUCUUCCAUUCGGUGCCAAGUCGUGAGUGCCAAAUCUUUUCGAGACAAAUGCCGUUCCGAGCAUGUCGAAGAGAUUGGCAUCGCUUUUCUUCGAAUCGUCUCGAUGACCGAUUCAUCGUCCACGGAUGUGUCUUCCGACCCCCGUGUGACUCGGUUGUUAGACGAGUUCUCGGAUGUUUUUGAGACACCCUCCGGUAUAGUGCCGGACCGGCCAAUCUCUCACGAGAUCAUACUUGAGGCCGGCGCCGUGCCACCGAAAGAAUGCAUGUAUCGCAUGUCCGAGGAGGAGCUCACGGUUCUCCGUGCGCAACUCGACGAWCUACUUGACAAGGGUUGGAUCCGCCCUAGCAGCUCACCUUACRGUGCGCCCGUUCUCUUCGUUCGGAAGAAGAACAAGGACCUUCGACUUUGCAUUGACUACCAACGCCUCAACGCGCAAACCAUCAAGAACGCGGGGCCUCUACCUCGCAUYGACGAUUUGCUGGAGCGGUUGGGCGGCGCCAAGUACUUUUCCAAGUUGGACCUCAAGUCRGGCUACCAUCAGAUUUCCAUCCGCCCGCAAGAUCGAUACAAAACCGCGUUUAAGACGCGAUAUGGGCAUUUUGAGUGGGUAGUUAUGCCUUUUGGCCUCACCAAUGCCCCGGCCACCUUUCAGGCGGCCAUGACCACCGAGUUUCGCGCUAUGUUGGACCGCUUCGUCUUGGUCUACUUAGACGACAUCCUCGUCUAUAGCCGAACUCUAGAGGGGCAUCUCGAGCACCUUUGCCGCACCGGAGUUAGCCGAGGUCUUAUACUCCGGUUGGAUUCGCUCCAAGGGCUACCCCAAGGAGAUCGUUUGCGACCGGGACUCUCGCUUUCUCUCCGACUUUUGGGUCGCCCUUGUCAAGCGAUGGGGCUCAUCUUUGAAGCCGAGUUCGGCUCGCCACCCGCAAACCGAUGGUCAAACACGGAAAGGGCGCAUCAGACGGCUCAAGUCCUUCUACGCACUCUCAUCCGAGUUGAGCGCUUGCCAGACGUUGAGUUGGCUUACAACUCAUCGAUCCAUCCGGCUAUCGGGAUGUCGCCAUUCGAGUUUGAGCAUGGUUCACCCAUCUCAUCGCCGCUGGACGCCACUUUGCCGCGCACAGCCGAGAGCGACGACCAUCUUGCGUUCCUUCGUCGCAUGCAAGAGCUUCUUGUCAAGGCACGGGAUCAGAUGUCGAAGACACAAAUACGGAUGAGCCGUCAAGCCAACCGCAAUCGCCUUCCUUGCCCGUUUCGCGCCGGCGAUCUGGUUUGGGUCUCCAUCGCGAAGUUCAGCCAUGAGCAAGACAUCUCUCGCAAGCUCCUUCCCAAGUGGAUGGGGCCUUGGCGCAUUCUCUCUGCAGUUGGUGAUGAUCCCGAGGGGCCUUCAUUCCGCAUCGCGGUGUCACCUCACUUGCCCGUCCAGACGGUGUUCCACUGUUCCAAACUCGCUCCUUUUGCUUCAGCGGAGACCGACGAGUUUCCCAGUCGACGUACGCAAUACCCUCCUUCCAUGGACGGAUUUCAGGAGGCCAGCUACAUCAUCACCAACCGGCGCCAUGGCAACAAAGAAACAGAGUUUCUACUUCACUUUUCCUACUGCAGCCACAAGGCUGACCGUUGGCUGACGCGUUCGGAACUGCAGGCCACAGCUCCCGCCGUUCUGUCACGUUAUAUGCUGGUGGAUGAAGGCGGGGGUGUUGAUGACAUGCUAGCAGAGAGGGCGGUGGAUGUGGAGGCGGAGGAUAGGGGAAGGGUGGUAGAACCCGAGGUGGGGGCGGGGGACGUGGUGGUGACGAUCUGGAUGGCGGGCGAGGCCUGUUGUUGUUCGACGGAGGUUAUCCGUUGGGAAAGGCCGGAGAGGGAUGCUUGGAGGGAGUCGAGGGUGGCUUGCAUGGUGGUCAUGAGGGAGAGGAGGGUGGAAGAGUCAGCGGGGACCGCCAAGGCGGCAGCCUGUUGACCAAUGAGUUUGCGACGGAGGCCAUCAAUGAACUGGGUGUCGAUGGAGGACAUAUUGAUGCUAGAUUUUCCGGCCAUCAUGAAGGAAACAACCGGGGUGGCGGCGGGCGCUGGGGCAGCGGGCGGUGAUGAGGUGGAGGCAGCUGCAGCGCGCUGAGAGUUCUUGGUUUGGCGUGGCAUGCUCGGGGGGGAGGUUGGAGGUUUUUAUUCACAAAACAAAGAAUCAAUUGCAUUUUUAUAA